AUGACCGAAGAGGAGCUUUUGCUCCACGAAUCCCAAGCUAGCUUGGCAAUCCGCGACAUUAUUCAUGCCGCGCAAGCUGCCAGGGUUGUUGCCAUGUCUCCGCUGCAACUCAUACUGGGUUCAUCUUCUCGUCGUGGCAUACGAUGCGCAAAGAUCGAUGAGGAAAUUCAAAACUCGUACGGGUAG